AGGAGGGGGGCGGUGGACUGCAGCUUUUAGAAACAGACACACUGAGAAGAGGGGUUUCAGUCUAAGCCUAAAGCUUCUAAGAGGCACAUCCCAUUCUUGAAGAGAGGGGGACCGAGAGACACUCGCCGUGUCCAUGUUUUUUCCUGUCAUCCCCGCUCGAAUCUGACUGUACCCCUCAGACUUUACCAGAAACGCUUCUCCAUAUCGAGGAAUUUACACUGCAGUUUCAUCAGAGGACACUGGAGGAGACGCAACCACUAAUGCUUGCGUUCCCUUAAAUAUGUAGCUAAUAAAUAUUAACUGAACGACUGAUUACGCUAACGUUCCUGCGUAAAAUAUUUUUUUUGAGAGACCAGUGCAGGACAUGAUCUGCACCUGACCGGCCUCGUGUCUUCGCUGAAUGGACUGAUCAGCACGAGAAAAAGUUCGUCGCACGCUGAAGAACUUCUGUUCACUGGCAUCGGAAGCACUGCGCUUUGAACGGAUAGCGAUCUUUAUUAAUUCCAAUUAAAGCUACAUUAUCAAGGCGAGACGGCGACCUCAGUCGAUUAUCUUUCCUUCCUUUGCUAUCCCAUGGAUAUUCACUGCAAAGCAGACCCCUUCUCGGCGAUGCACCGGCACGGCGGUGUGAACCAGCUAGGAGGGAUGUUUGUGAAUGGCAGACCCCUACCUGACGUGGUCAGGCAAAGAAUCGUGGAGCUCGCGCACCAAGGAGUCAGACCUUGUGACAUCUCAAGACAACUCCGGGUCAGCCAUGGCUGUGUCAGCAAAAUUCUCGGAAGAUACUAUGAAACCGGCAGUAUUAAACCUGGAGUUAUUGGGGGGUCCAAACCGAAAGUGGCGACACCCAAAGUUGUGGAUAAAAUCGCAGAUUACAAGCGGCAGAAUCCCACAAUGUUCGCCUGGGAGAUCAGAGACCGACUCCUGGCCGAGGGCGUUUGUGACAACGACACAGUACCAAGUGUUUCAUCUAUAAACAGGAUAAUUCGAACCAAAGUUCAGCAGCCUUUCCAUCCAUCCUCUGACGGCACAGGAACGCCUCUCACCACAGCGGGACACACUAUAGUGCCCAGCACAGCCUCCCCACCUGUGUCAAGCGCUUCCAAUGACCCCGUGGGGUCCUACUCUAUUAAUGGCAUCCUAGGAAUCCCUCGCUCCAACGGCGAAAAGAGAAAACGCGAUGAUGUUCUCUGGAGUGGCAACCACUUGGAUGGGAGGAAAAUAGGAUAUUAUGGUUCAGAUGGCUCUGGCCCAAACAGUGAUUCUCAGGGUAGUGUGGAGAGUUUACGGAAGCACCUGAGGGCCGAUGCCUUCACUCAACAGCAGCUGGAGGCUCUGGAUCGAGUGUUUGAGCGGCCGUCAUACCCCGACGUCUUCCCUACGUCAGAACACAUCAAGCCAGAGCAGGCUAAUGAAUACACGCUACCAGCACUGAACCCUGGACUGGACGAAGUCAAGCCCAGUCUGUCAACCAGCGUCAGCUCAGAUUUGGGCUCCAGCGUGUCACAGAGCUACCCGGUAGUGACAGGUCGAGACAUGGCGAGCACAACCCUACCAGGAUACCCACCUCACGUUCCCCCCACUGGGCAGGGCAGCUACCCCACCUCUACACUUGCUGGAAUGGUCCCUGGAAGUGACUUUUCAGGAAAUCCCUACUCUCACCCGCAGUACACAACUUACUAUGGGAUUAGUCGCUUUAAAGUUCCCCUUAUUAUUAUAGUGCCGCAUCCCGGGGCUCCGCCCCUCCCACUGCUGCCACUGCCUAUGACCGCCACUAGUUACCAUGGCAACCCAAUCAAACUGCUGGACCAUGGCCGCGGCCUCCAUAUCGUACCAGUCUGAAUGCCGUUAAGGUCAGAGGGAUUGAAGAUGGCUACGCGAUCUUCAGUUUCACAGGGCCGAGAUCGGAUUAGGAGGGUCAAGCAACAGCUUGACCCCCCCCCCAGACAUCGACUAUACCCCCCUCACGCAACAUCAACACUAAGGCUCUCAUUCUCUAAAUUACUGAACAAUGACUGAACUAUUUCCUGAAAAGACUUUGAAAGAUUCUACAAAAAUAUAUAUAUUAUACAAAAUAUAAAACAAGACGAACCGUGUGAAGAAGUACGAAGUAACAAUUGAUGUGUUGUUGUUUUUUUGUUCUCUCUUUAAAUCAAUCAAUACAUUCCUUUACAUACUGUAUUUAGUAUAACUAACAGAUCAAACACACACACAAGGUUGCCUGAGGCCUUUAACAUAAUUUGCCCUCGUCCUACACCAUUUCACUAGUGUCUUACCUCUCACGGACAGAACAGCAACGUGUCAGCUGAGCAGAAAACUGCAGUAUUGCUCCAGUUUCUGUCAAAAAGACAAGUGUAACAGUCUUAGAAGCCAUCUCUGACUCGUGGUAUGAAAUUACCAACAUGAUUUAACAUUUUCUGUGAUACACAAUCAAAAUGGGGGAAAUAAAAUAGAAAAAACAGGUCAGACACUGAAGAAGUUGUUAACUGUUGCUGUAUAUGACCUGAAAAGAAAACCGUAUAUUAAAUUAUUGUUUUGGUUUAGCUGAUGGUUUGUGUGC